CAGACCGGUCCUCCAAACCUGUAAAGAGUCAACGAACCCCCGUAACCCAACCCGCAUCAUUUCUUCCAAUUCCAUCACAAUAAACUACAGAUAUGGUGGAUGUUGUUACCGAGCUCAGACAAUACCUCUUUGCAAAUCCUGACGUCUAUAGAGCAUUCGCAUUAGCCGUUCGCAUCGUCCUUCGGAUGAACAUUCCGCAGUUGGAACAGCUGGGGAUCAGGAGUUUGAAUGAUUACCUCGAUUUCUAUGAGACGCUUUUGAAUUGGGUGCCUACGGAGACGAGUGAUGGAAGGAACAUUUACUAUCACUUGUGCAUUUUCUACUUCAUUUUGGACCAGCUCCCCUUGAGGCUUCUUCAAACUCCGAUUCUUCCUACUUCCACACCCCCUUACACCUGGCUUUCAGACUGGGUUAUUUCCUUUGCGAAAGCCAUGGGUGCUAACAUGGACAAACCCGAAUCGUUGACCCCAGAGUCGCUUCAGACCUUCUACGAUGCUCCCAGUUACCGGAUGGAAGACUAUAUCGUGCCCGAGGGGGGCUGGCAGAACUUCAACGAGUUUUUCGCCCGGGAACUUAAACCUGGGCUUCGGCCCAUCGAUGCUCCCGAUGACUCUAGGGUCAUCGUGGGUUCCGCUGAUUCCGUCUUCGACGGUUUCUGGCUUAUUGAAGAUGAGGGUGUGGUUUAUUUGAAGUACAUUCCGUGGCCAGUUAAGCUCCUGCUGGCAGAUAGCGCUUAUGGGGAUCAAUUCGACGGCGGUGCCUUCACGCACUCCUUCCUCGCACCAAACGACUACCAUCGUCAGCAUGCACCGGUGUCCGGUACAGUUUUGGAAGCGAAAGUCAUCCCCGGCCUUUGCUAUCUCGAGGUCGAGGCAACGACCGGCACCGACGGAAAGAUCUCUUUCGGAAUGCGAAGAGGCCUUCCGGAGGCCGAGAUCGGUCGUGGAGCGCGUAAGUGGCGUCGGAGGCGUGGCGAGGUGCCUCCAAAUGAUGACAUCAACGCCCCCAACUCGCCUGGUUAUCAAUUCCUUCAGGCGCGUGGACUCAUCGUUAUCGAUAACCCCGUCCUUGGUCUAGUUGCUGUUUUACCCGUCGGAAUGGCGCAGAUAUCGUCGGUCGUACUUUCGGUCCAGCCUGGCCAACAAGUGGAGAAGGGGGACGAGAUUUCUUACUUCCAAUGCGGUGGUUCUGAUUGCGUUAUUGUCUUCCAGAAGGGGGCUAACGUCCAGUUCACUGCUACUAUCGGCGAACAUUACAACUACGGCGAAAAGAUUGCAGAGAGUGUACCCGAUGAUUGAUGAGCACUGAAUCUCAAUGGUCUCGAUGACACCCCCCAUCUCGAUGCAUGUCUCUUCAGAAACCUGCACCUCACCCGUCUUCUAGGAUUGCUUUGCGCCUCUUGGAAUUUUGUACUUCUAUCUCAACUGUACCAACAUGUUCUGUCGUGCUUGUCUUGUAAGUUCCAAAUGUUGCCCUGUUUUUCGAUGUCAAACAAUCAAGUUAUCAUGCGGUCGUAGCCGGGAUACCAGCCAUCCUUGUUAAUAAGCUGU